AUGAAGUUAUUCAUACUGUGUGUAGCUUUGUGCAGUGCCGUGGCCUUGCCAGCUGACAGUGACAAUAAAGAGAAACCCCGUGCUCUAAAGAAGGAUUGUGCCAAUGGAAUUCUAAAUCCCACCUGCCUUAAGAUCGGUGCAAUUACUCUUAUAGAAAAAAUCAACGCUAAGGAUGAAUUAACCUUGUUUCCGGGAGUAAGCCUGGUCAAAGAUGGAGCUAAUGAACCCAAGCUGGAAGCAGUGGCAGCCGAACUGGCCAGGUCUCUUCCCACAGACCCUGACGACAGACUCGACAAGUUCUUGCUAUUCCACGUGGGGUCAUUCUUGGACAGUCAUUCCGUGAAGUUGAAGCUAGUAGAUGACUCUGCCGCUGAGGAGGCCAGAAACCUAAUUUCCGAAGGAAGAGGCAGUAAGGAUCCCUUGAGCAUGGGCGGGAAGAAAGGUGGAAUGGGUGGCCUUAUCGCCAUGGCUAUGAUGAUGAAAGGUGACAAAGAUGAGCUAAAGUGA